AUGAUGAUACUCAUCAUCGUCGAUUUUAACCUUCAUGGUUUGUUUCACAUAAGGAUUGGUUGGAAUACUCACCUUCAAUGGAUGCGUUAUAUUGUCUACCUUGCUACCUUUUUAGUAAGAAAACCAAUAGGUCGUCUCGGAUCAGAUGCAUUCAUUUCAACAGGUUUUAAUAAUUGGAAAAAGGUGAAAGAUGAAAUGAAUUGUCCUUUAUUUCGUCAUGAAGGGAAAGAACCAAACUCUCCACAUAAAAUUGCUGUGAAAUGUUGCGAGGAUUUAAAGAAUUAUUCACGACAUAUUGGCAAGCUAAUUGAAAAACAAACGUCAAAAGAAUUAGAGAAUAAUCGGUUGCGGCUCAAAACCUCAAUAGAGUGUGCUCGAUGGCUAGCAUUCCAAGCUUGUGCUUUUAGAGGUCAUGAUGAAAGCCUUGAUUCAAAAAAUAGAGGUAAUUUUAUUGAAUUGAUAAAAUUCACAUCAACUUUCAAUGACAAAGUAGCCAGUGUUAUCUUGGAAAAUGCUCCAGGAAAUGCCAAAUAUACAUCACCCACAAUUCAAAAGGAGAUUUUGCAUAUUCUUGCUAGUAAUGUGCGAAAUGCUAUUCGUGAAGAAAUUGGGGAUGCAAAAUUUUGCAUUCUUGUUGAUGAAGCUCGGGAUGAGUCGAAGAGAGAGCAAAUGGCCAUCAUUUUGAGGUUUGUUGAUAAAGAAGGUUUCAUUAAAGAGCGUUUCUUUCAUGUUGUGCAUGUUAGAGACACUACUGCAUUGACUUUAAAGAAUGAGAUAUGUGCUGUCCUUUCUCGUUACAACCUCUACAUUAAAAAUAUUCGAGGUCAAGGAUAUGAUGGGGCUAGUAACAUGCGUGGUGAAUGGAAUGGAUUACAAGCUCUUUUUCUUAAAGAUUGUCCAUAUGCUUAUUAUGUACAUUAUAUGGCUCAUAAGUUGCAAUUAGCUCUAGUUACAUCAUCUAGAGAAGUAAAAGAUGUUCAUCAAUUCUUUGAUCAUUUGGUUAAUAUUAUCAAUAUUGUUGUUGGUUCUAGUAAGCAUAAUAAUGAAUUGCAACAUGCUCAAGCAGAACAAGUUGAGAAUAUGAUUGCUUCUAAUGAAAUUGAGAUUGGAAGAGGUGCAAACCAGAUUGGUACUUUGCAACGAGCUGGAGAUACUAGGUGGGGAUCUCAUUUUCAAUCUAUUUGUAAUUUGAUUAAAAUGUUUGAUGCUACUUGCAAAGUUAUCAACACUAUCUCUGAGGAAGGGGCUAACUAUAAACAAUGCGGUGAUGCCAAGGGAGCUUAUCAGUUGAGAGAUGAUGGAUGGGAGCCUUUACUUGCUAGUGUUAUAUCAUUUUGUGAGCAACAUGAAAUUGAUAUUCCUGAUAUGAAUGCUCGUUAUAUUAAAGGUCGAGGUAGAUAUUGUCGUCAAGAUGACGAUUUAACAAUGGAACAUCAUUUUAGAAUUGGCAUAUUUACAGUUGCAAUAGACUUUCAAUUGCAAGAAUUGAAAAGUAGAUUUUGUGAGCUAACAACGGAACUUGUUAUUCUUAGUUCACCUUUAAAUCCCAAGGAUGCUUUUAGAUUAUUCAAAAUUGUUGAUAUAUGCAAUUUGGUUAAGAAAUAUUAUCCUCAAGAUUUCACUGAACAUGAACAAGAACUUUUGGAGUCUCAAUUGCAACAUUAUGAGCUUGAUGUGAUAAAACAUCCAGAUUUUCAGAAUAUGAGUACAAUUUCCGAGCUAUGUAGGGGAUUAAAAAUUUCAGGAAAGUCUAAAAUCUAUUUUUUGAUUGAUAGACUUAUUCGUCUUGUGUUGACCCUUCCAGUUUCUACAGCAACUACAGAACGAGCUUUCUCAGCUAUGAAGUUGUUAAAAACAAAGACUUCGUAA